AUGAACGAUCUUGUGUCCCUGCCGCCUGGCAUGAAGUCCGAAGACAUCCCUAUUCCGAGCCAAGAAUCCAGUCGCGAGUUCUCUCUGCCGUUCAGGUCUUCUCCAGCUCCGUCCAAUCGAUCACUCUCCUUGGUCAUUGAAAGAACACCGGGCCCCAGAAAAAGCGCCAAGGGCGCUCAUAUCGAUCCAAGCCUUCUUCGAAUCCAGAAGUACCUGAAGUAUCCUGGCCUCGAUAUGCUAGACAUCAUCAUCACUGAGCAGAACUAA